AUGGUCAACGACCGGUGGAAGACCAUGGGCGGUGCUUCCCAACUUGAGGAACGGCCCCGCGACAAGCCGCAGCGGCCGAGCUGUGGCUACGUGCUGUGUACCGUGCUGCUGUCCCUGGCCGUGCUGCUGGCUGUGGCCGUCACCAGCGCAGUGCUCUUCCUGAACCACGUGCAYGUCCCGGGCACGGCGCCCCCACCCAUCGUCAGCACGGGACCGGCUGGGGCCAACAGUGCCCUGGUCACCGUGGAGAGGGCCGACAGCUCCCACCUCAGCAUCCUCAUCGACCCACGUUGCCCUGACCUUGCGGACGGCUUUGCCCGGUUGGAGGGUGCCCAGGCCUCGGUGCUGCGGGCGCUGACUGAGCACCAGGCCCGGCCACAGCUGGCGGACACCCAGGAGCAGGAGCUGCUGGACACCCUGGCCGACCAGCUGCCCCGACUGCUGGCCAGGGCCUCGGAGCUGCAGGCCGAGUGCACGGGGCUGCGCCAGGGGCACAGCAUGCUGGGCCAGGGGCUCAGCACCAUGCAGCAUGAGCAGGGCCGCCUCAUCCAGCUUCUCUCCGAGAGCCAAGGCCACCUGGCUCACCUGGUGAACUCUGUCGGCGACAUCCUGGAUGCCCUGCAGAGGGACCGAGGGCUGAGCCGGCCCCGAGUCAAGGCCGACCUCCAGAGGGCUCCUUCCAGGGGCGCCMGGCCCCGGGGCUGCGCCAACGGCUCUCGGCCCCGAGACUGCCUGGACGUCCUCCUCAGUGGACAACAGGACGAUGGUGUCUACUCCGUCUUCCCCACCCACUACCCCGCCGGCUUCCAGGUCUACUGUGACAUGCGCACCGACGGUGGYGGCUGGACGGUGUUCCAGCGCCGGGAGGAUGGCUCCGUGAACUUCUUCCGGGGCUGGGAGGCGUACCGGGAGGGCUUCGGCCAGCUCACGGGGGAGCACUGGCUAGGGCUCAAGAGGAUCCACGCCCUGACCACGCAGGCGGCCUAUGAGCUGCACGUGGACCUGGAGGACUUUGACAAUGGCACCGCCUACGCCCGCUACGGGAGCUUCGGGGUGGGCUUGUUCUCGGUGGACCCCGAGGAGGACGGGUACCCGCUCACGGUGGCUGGCUACUCGGGCACUGCAGGUGACUCCCUCCUGAAGCACAGCGGCAUGAGAUUCACCACUAAGGACCGUGACAGUGACCAUUCGGAGAACAACUGUGCUGCCUUCUACCGUGGUGCCUGGUGGUACCGUAACUGCCACACUUCCAACCUCAAUGGGCAGUACCUCCGUGGCGCCCAUGCCUCCUAUGCCGACGGCGUGGAGUGGUCCUCCUGGACCGGCUGGCAGUACUCACUCAAGUUUUCYGAGAUGAAGAUCCGGCCGGUCCGGGAGGACCACUAG